UCCCGAUCGCGCGCUUAGAUCCGCAGUCUCCCGUCCGAUCCCCCCUGUUAUGGGGUCCCCCGAAGGAGGGGAGCUGGACUUCGACGACCUGUCCCGGUUGCGCUCGCUCUUCCUCGCCUGCGACGUGAAGGGCUCCGGCCGGAUCGAGCGAGACGACUUCAGUUCGCUUUGCGCCGAGUUGCGGGUCCGGCCGGCCGAAGCCGAGGCAAUCUUCCAGCGCUUGGACACCGACCGCGACGGCGCCAUCACCUUCCCGGAGUUUGCUCGCGGCUUCCGCGGCGCCACUCAGCGGCGGAGGCGGCGGCAGCGGCAACAGCAGCAGCAGCACCGGCAGCUUUGGGGUAACCGGGGAGACGUCUGGGAAGAGGAGAUGGAAGAAGAGGGGAGCGAGCGGGACGCGGGCGACGCCUUCGACGUUUUGGCUGGCGUGGCGGCAGCGGGCGCUGCAAUGGGGCCGAGCCAGGCUUGGCGAGACUUCGAGCUCCGGCUCGGCGAAGAAGCAGGAUACAUCCCCAGGCAAGAACAAGUCAGUGUUCUGUAUCAGAACAUCAGUAUAGUGGAGCCACGAUUAAUUCAACCUUAUGAACAUGUUAUUAAGAACUUCAUUCGCGAGAUCAAGCUUCAGAGUGCAGAGAUGGAAAGCUUAGCCAUCGCUGUAAAAAGGGCACAAGAUAAAGCAGCAAUGCAGCUGAGUGAAUUAGAAGAGGAGAUGGACCAGCGAGUACAGGCUGCAGAGCAUAAAAUCAAGAAGGAGGAGAAACGGAAGGCAGAAGAGGCUCUGAAUGAUCUCAGGCACCAGUAUGAAGCUGAAGUUGGUGAUCUCCAAGUGACAAUAAAGAAACUUAAAAUGCUGGAAGAACAGUCUAAAAACAUCAAUCACAAAGGAGAUUUGACUGUGUUAAAGAACAGGAUACAUGAUCUGACAUUGGAAAACCAGAAACUUAAAAAAGAUCUCAUGGAAGCUCAAACAAAUAUUGCUUUCCUUCAGAGUGAAUUAGAUUCUUUGAAAAGUGAUAUUGCAGAUCAGAGUUUGAAUUCAGAGAGAGACCUGGAAAUGAUCAGAGAAUAUUCUGACGACAGAGAUAGCUUGGAACGGCAGAUAGAAAUACUGCAGUCAGCAAACAGAAAACUUCAUGACAGCAACGAUGGCUUACGAAGUGCAUUAGAAAACAGCUGGAGCAUAUACAACAGAUCAUUGCGUCUAACCAACACUUCCCCAGGGAAUACUGUCUCCAGAAACAGUCCUAAAUGCAUUGGUGGCCAGUCUCCCCAAACUACACGAUAUGACAGGUCGUCUCAUUCUUCCUAUGUGGAUGAAGACUACGAUUCUCUGGCACUUUGUGAUCCUAUGCAGAGGAUAAGCUGUGAGGUAGACAGUUUGCCUGAAAGCUGCUUUGACAGUGGCCUCUCUACCUUGAGAGACUCCAACGAGUAUGAUUCAGAAGUGGAAUCCAAGCAUCAAAGGAUUUCUCAAAGGUCACAGUGUCCGCAGGAAACCUUUGCAGGAGAUGCUUCUGAUACAGAUGUCCCUGAUAUCCGAGAUGAAGAAGUAUAUAGUCCUGAUGAAGUCAGUACGGUGUUGGACUGGAAACCAUGCCAGCCAGUCAGUCGAAGCAGUUCUGGAGCUUCCACAAGGAAGUGCAUCUCUGCCAUCUCUCCACAGCCAGACUCCAUCGAUUGCAACUCCAGAUACCCAAGCUCGGACAAGGCUUACAAGAUAGUUCUUGCUGGAGAUGCAGCAGUUGGAAAAUCUAGUUUCCUUAUGAGACUUUGCAAAAAUGAAUUUCGUGGGAAUACCAGUGCAACUCUUGGAGUUGAUUUUCAGAUGAAGAGGCUUAUUGUUGAUGGUGAGCCUACAGUACUACAGUUGUGGGACACAGCUGGACAAGAGAGGUUCCGGAGUAUUGCAAAAUCCUACUUCAGAAGAGCAGAUGGUGUUUUGCUGCUAUAUGAUGUUACUUGUGAGAAAAGUUUUCUGAAUGUACGAGAAUGGGUGGAUAUGAUUGAGGAUGCAACACAUGAAAAUAUUCCAAUCAUGGUGGUCGGAAACAAGGCAGAUCUUCGCCUAGUGGCUUCUGAACAAGGAGAUAAAUGUGUACCAAUAAAUUAUGGAGAAAAGCUGGCCAUGACUUACAAUGCAUUAUUCUGUGAGACAAGUGCCAAAGAUGGAUCUAAUAUCGUGGAGGCAGUUCUUCACCUUGCUCGAGAAGUGCGAAAAAGAAGCGAUAGUGAAGAUGACAACAGGUCUGUAACUGACUUGACAAAGAUGACGACGAAGAAGUCAGUGCUCCCCAAAAAUUGCUGCAACAUUUAGAUGAUGAAGACUUUUGGCUCCAAAAGAAGUGUACUUCAUGGUCUUAAAAAAUCCAAGGGGGGAAAAAAAGGAUUCAGGCAGCAAAGUCCAUCAGGUUCUUCAGCAACUCCCUGGAACUCCCUGGAACAAUGUUCAAGAAAACCAGGUCAAGAAGAAGGAGAUCUUCAGUUCAGAAGUCACUUGCAGAAUGUAGGUCCAUUGCGCUUCAAACCAUAUGUGCCUUUUGGAGUUGACUUGCUUGGCAAAGAGUUAAACAAAUUGUACUUCUUACUGUGACCUUAGUAGUGAAUGUUAAACUAUAUAAACACGGAAAAUCCACUUCCUGCUCCAUGGCUUGCAUUCUGGAAUACGUUGUCAGAUCUUCAAGAAACUUCAUCACUAACCUGAAACCCAUACUGUUUUUGGAAGAGUUGCUGGAAUUCUGAACUUUUCUAUUCUGUGUUGUGCCAAAAUCAUGGGAAACGUAGUGACAACAGCUGUAAGGAGCUGAACCUGAAUUGAAAAGGAAAACAUAACACUGUUGAAAGCUGAACUUUUGCCUCUUCAAAGAACAGCUGUCCAAUAUGGAAUCAUUUGUUUGCCUUUGUUUAGCCUGGGAUAAAUUAACAAUGGAAGUUGAUUUUUUGGGGGGGUUGAAGAUGUACAUAUUAGUUGACAGGGAUAUUUACGAUAGGCCUGGUUAUUACAGGCUCUAAACACAAGGCUCGGCUUUUCCACUACAGCCUACAGGUGUGAGCUCAUGUGAUGGAAUAUUCCUCUAGAAAACAGUUUCUGUUGAUAGAAAACUAGUGUCUUGACAAAAGGCAGAACUUAAAUCUUUAUGCAGUGGAGGUAAACCAGCAGUGGUCUAUAGUCCUAGCUAAUUGAACUAUCUUGCACAAACAAUUCCCUUCUGACCUUCUAAAGUGUAACUCUUGAUAAAACAAAGUUCAUCUGAAAAUACCUUUGUGCUGGCCUUAGUUUAAGCAAGCUAAAGGAAAGGGGCAAGGUCUGACGAGGGAUUAAUGGGGAAUAAAAUAACUGCAAAUAGAUCCCCCAAACAGAGGGAUUACUCUGACUCUCCACUGGCAGCUAAGACAAGGAAGAUAUGUUAGCCUGUUUUAUUGUUCUGAUGUGGAAGGGGCACAGUGCCAUUUGGCCCCUUAAACAUUCGCUGAGAGGGAUCCAAGGAUGGGUCUUAUGCUCUGGCUGCUUCUCUAAAUUGCAUUUAUGUGGGCCUUCCCAGUCCUUCCAAAACUAUCACCUUAAAGUCUUGUUCUUGUCUACAUUUAAAACCGGGAGUUUGCAGUCACAAAAAGUUCCAUAUGAAGUCUAGCACUGUGAUUUUUUUGCAGUAUGAACUUGAGUGUUAUAAUAUUUGUUACCAGGUUGUUAGUUUCUUGGCAGCCUGGUAGCAGUGAGUAGGUACAGAGACCAAUUGGCCUUUCGGUCUGCAUAUUGAGUGCCUUGGGCUCUGUUUAUAUAUUUUAAAUUUAUUGAUUCAUACAUCCCCCCCUCGAAACUAAUUUAUAAAAUUAGAGUAUUUUAAAAAGAUCUAUAGAUUUUAUUUUAUUUUUUCCAUUUUAGAAUUUAGCUUUAUCAUACUCGUUUUGAAAUAAGAAGAUGCCGAUUGUUGAAACAUUUGUUUAGCCUUUACUUUUGUAUAUGUUGUCUAUGCAACUUAUAGCAACCUAGAAAAUAAAUCCUGAUUCUGCAAGUCUUGAAGAAGACUCUUUUAUUAUAAUAUUAUCCUGGUUGUGAUAAGAGGAUGCAUAGUUUAGCUUAAUGGCUGAUCUGCUAUGAGCUCCUACAUGCACCAGGCAGUUGGACUUUCUUAUGCAUUUCUUAAGAUUGUCAGGAGAAGUCUGAAGUUCUUUUGGUAAUUCAUUUAAUUGUCUUCACCAUAUUAAAGCACUUAAUUGUGAGAAAGGAGAAGAAAAUAUAAAUACUGGCUUGAUUUUUUUUUACCAUAUUGCAGUAAUCAAGCUCUUUAAACCAGCAUCAUUGCACUUUUUAUGUCAUUAACUCUUGACAAGUGAUCCUUUGUGGAUGUAGAGUUUGUGAACGGCUCAGUGGAAGGAGCAGCUUCAUGCAUACAGUGAAGUUUGUUGUGUGAACCUUUCUCCAUCAAUUCAAUUGAAAUGGAAAGCCAUGUAAUGCAAGAACUUCACAUUCACACUGGAAGGAACACCAGCGGGCCUCUGGAUUGGGACAAACAGCGCCAAAUAGAUUCAGAAUGUAUUUCUGCCAGUAUGAGUGGCUGUUGGAGAGCAGCCCAUUUGUAAAAAUAAUUCCUUGUUGCUUUGUUGAGUACAAAUGGUCUUUUUUAUUUAUUUAGUGGCCAUGUUACCUUUAUACAUGUGUAUUUAUUUUCAAAGGGAAAUGUCAUAUGUUUUUGUUUCUGGAAAAAUCUGUACAUAAGAUUAUUUUUAUGCAUUUAACACAUUAUUUUAGUCCCUUCCAACCUUUAGCUUUUAAAAUAUUAGCUCACACCACUUUAUUGUUGUUUUGUGCUUUGUACUCUUUUUAAUGUUUAAUCUUAAUAAGUGCUUUGGUAGUCAGCUGUUAACUCCUGAUAAUAGGUUGUGUGCCAAAAUCUGCUGCAUAAAAGUUCUUAGAA